AUGGAUUUGAUGGUGUACGGAUUUAUUUUUUUAAGUAUAAUACUUAUAACCGAUGCUGGAUAUGGGAUACAACCAAGUGAACAAAAUCCGCAAGCUGAUGUUCAAGCUCCACCCUACAUCCCGGCGUACCUAAAGAAUCGGCAGUUCACGAAAUCGGUACACCCGCAGAGGUAUUCCGGCACCAAGUCGGUACCUAGGAAGGUUCCUGGCACGAAGACGCCGUAUUCUGGCACUAAGAGUGUUUAUGGGGAACGGAGGUCGUGGCAGCAAUCCGGAUCUUUACCAACUUAUGGACAGUUCCACGGCAAUGCCAAGUCUCCGUAUAGUGCUCUGUGUGAAGUGGAAUGCAAGAACAAUGGAAUAUGUAUAGACACAAACACCUGCCUCUGUCCACCCAAUUUUGAUGGAAAAUUCUGCGAAUUUGAAAAGAAGCCAUGUCUGGUUUAUCCACCGACACCCAAAAACUCGGAGAAGAAGUGCACUGCUGAUAUGUGCACAAUAAAAUGUCUAAAGAACCACAAAUUCCAUGAUGGCUCAGCGAUUGCAAAUUUGCGUUGUAUGAAUGGACAUUGGCAGCCUACCCGAUCGGACCUAACUUCGAUUCCCGACUGUUUACCUGAAUGUGACCCACCAUGUGUAAAUGGCGGUGUGUGUUUGGCUGUAAACACUUGUCAGUGCCCGACUGAGUAUAAAGGACCUCAAUGCCAAUACGCUUCCAACGUCUGCGAUGUUCGAAAAUUGGCGUUCAAUGGUGGAUACAAUUGUAUGGGAGACGGAGAGAAGUUUUCGUGUAAGCUGAGCUGCCCCGCCGGGGCCUCGUUCAGCGUCCCACCGGCGGAAACCUACGAGUGUCUUUACUCUACUGGAAUAUUUGAGCCCCAACCAAUACCCCACUGUGUCUUUAACGAAGUUGUUAUUAUAACGCCGAGUAAUCAUCACUACAGUAACUCAUUUUACUCCAUACACAACUCGAAUGAAACGGAUAUUACCACUACAACACCUUACCCAGUGGACAGGCACCCCAUUAUUGUGGUGCAAGAUCUAACCCCUAAAGGGGGCAGCUGCUUAACCUGGGCUGGAAAACAUUACAAGACUUUCGAUGGAAAGAUCUAUAGCUUCGAGUCCCCAUGCCAACAUAUUCUUGUACGCGACACAGUAGACCACAAGUACACAGUCGCCCUUCGGCAACCCGAGUGUAAACGGAGCGGGUACUGCCCAUCGGAGAUCACGGUCUAUCUUGAGGACAAGAUGUAUUCGCUGAGUGUUGGAGAGGACAAUUCAGUGUUAUUUCGGAGCACGAAACGGCUGAUCCCGAUACCAGCUACUUUGCCAGGCAUACGCGUGGAUAUGCCAACUGAUAUCUUGGUCGUUAAUCUGGACGCGUUGGGAGUCACUAUCAAGUGGGAUCUUAACAACUUAGUGAUCGUUGAAGGCACGGUAGCUCUCUGGAAUAAGACGGAAGGUCUGUGCGGAACCCUGGACAGUAACCCAGAAAACGACAUGACUACAAAGGAGGGCAACAUUGCUAAAACCAAAUCUGUAAUGAUCGCUUCAUGGCAGUUGAAUAAAAUUGGAGAUAUAUGCGACGGCAGCACAAAGGAGACGAGCGCGUGUAUGGACGAAACUGACGAAGCCGUUAAGAAAGCGAUGCAAUUCUGCGCGACUAUUUUUACCAAAGACAAGUUUAGAAAGUGCUCUAAGGCGAUGGAUGUCACCCAACUCAUUGAAGCCUGCCAAUGGGAUUAUUGCGCGUGCGCUGAAACUUUAACUCCGGAAGAAUGUGCAUGUAGAACGGUGUCUGUAUAUGCCAAGGAGUGUUUACGACAUGGGGUUGAGGAGAUGAGGAAUUGGAGGGACUCUGAAACUUGUCCAAUGCAAUGCCCCGCUGGCAAAAUCUACCGCGCGUGUGGUCCCGACACUCAACCAAGCUGCGCAUUCCCUUACUCGGCGCCCCUCAACGAUUCCUCGUGUGUGGAAGGCUGUUUCUGCCCCGAAGGUCUGUUCCUCGAAGGUGGAAAGUGCGUGGAGAAGAGCGAAUGCCCCUGUAGAGCGAGAAAGCAGAUCUUUCCACCAGGAGCUGUUGUACCGAAGAGCUGUAAUACAUGCACUUGCCAAGCAGGAGAGUGGUUGUGCACCCAAACGCCAUGUGGUGCGCGAUGUGGUGCAGUGGGUGACCCUCAUUACACCACCUUCGACGGACUGCGAUAUGACUUCAUGGGCCACUGCACCUACACGCUACUGAAAGCUCAAAACUUGACCAUAGAAGUGGAGAAUGUUGCUUGCUCCGGAUCGAUAACUGAGGCUAUGAAUUUGGCUCCGUACAAAGGAGAGGGCAAACCGUCUUGCACGAAAGCCGUGAACCUGGCGUACAAGGGCGCGAAUAUUCACAUGAAACAGGGUGGAUUCAUUCUGGUCAAUGGAAAGGAGGUUUCAUCCCUUCCCGUCACUGUUGGUGAUAUAAAAAUUCGUGCUGCUUCAUCGCUAUUCAUAAUUGUACAACUUCCCAUCAAAGUGGACUUAUGGUGGGAUGGCAAUACUCGGGUAUUUGUUGAUGUACCACCGGCAUUUACCGAUAAAACGGCGGGUCUCUGCGGAACGUUCAAUUUAAACCAAAAGGACGACUUCUUAACCCCCGAGGGUGAUAUUGAGCAAUCAGCCCUCGCAUUUGCGAACAAAUGGAAGACACGUGAGUUCUGUGAGGAUACUUCGACUGUGGAACCUGAACACCCUUGCAAGGCCAAUGUGGAGAAUAAGGCGACCGCAGAACAGUACUGCACUAAGCUCAAGAGCAAGCUGUUUGAAUCAUGCCACUGGUACGUAGACGUUGAGCCGUACUACGACGCAUGCGUAUACGACAUGUGCGCUUGCGAAGGGGACGUUUCCCGGUGCCUCUGCCCCAUUCUUGGAGACUAUGCUAUGGCCUGCGCUAAAGCUGGUGUUAUGAUACAGUGGCGCUACAAUGUUAAGGAAUGUGAAUUGCAGUGUAGUGGUGGCCAGGAGUACACAGUAUGUGCGGACAGCUGUCUGCGUACUUGUACUGAUAUAGCAGUGUCCACGACGUCGCAGUGCAAGCCUUGCUGUGUUGAGGGUUGUGCUUGUCCACCUGGACAGGUUUUGGAUAACAACAACGAAUGUGUACCAACCGGAUUGUGCCCGUGCUACCACAAGGGAAUGGAGUUCAAAGCCGGUUACAAAGAAGUUCGCGCUGGCAGAAGGGAGAGAGAACUAUGCACCUGUGUUGGUGCGAGAUGGGAAUGUGUGCCUGCCACACUAGCGGACAUAAAAGCGUACCCGCCGGCUGAGGACCUGCGCAGUAACUGCAGCGCUGCAAAUAAUAUGGACUUUACCACCUGCCUCACUUCGCAGCCUCUUACUUGCAAGAACAUGCACCUCCCGCCGUCAACCACGACAGAAGAAUGCCGACCUGGUUGCCAGUGCAAAAAGGGAUAUGUAUUAGAGAGUACAUCAAAGAAGUGUGUGUUGCCAGAGACUUGUCCUUGCCACCAUGGGGGGAGAAGUUACCCGGAUGGGCAUACAAUGCAAGAGGAGUGCAACACUUGCACCUGUGUAAGUGGUCAAUGGACAUGCACGAAGCAGCAAUGUUCCGGCAUAUGCACAGCAUGGGGUGACUCGCAUAUGCUCACGUUCGACGGCUCAGAGUUCGAUUUCGAGGGGGUGUGCACCUACUUACUCGCUAAGGGUGUUUUGGAUGGACAGGAUGGGUUCAGUGUGGAGAUCCAGAACGUGCCGUGCGGUACAACGGGCGCUACUUGCUCCAAGUCUGCAACUCUAAAAGUUGGAACUGGCAGUGCUUUGGAGGAGGUCACGCUAGCUAAGAACACCCCCUUACCUGAUGGUAAAAAUUUGAAGAGGAUAAAGAUACGUACAGCGGGUGCGUAUACAUACCUAGAUGUACCGUCCGUGGGCGUGAGCAUACAGUGGGACCGUGGACUUCGAGUUUACAUAAAACUUGAUUCUAUAUGGAACAAUAGGGUAAAAGGACUUUGCGGUAACUACAACGGAGAUAUGCUGGACGACUUCCAAACGCCAUCUGGCGGUGGUCUCGCGGAAACUUCGCCACUUCUCUUCGCCGAUUCGUGGAAGUUGAAGCCAACUUGCCCUAAAGCAUCUCCAAUUACUAACCACUGCAAAGAACGGCCUGAGCGCAAGGAAUGGGCAGCAAACACAUGCGGCGUGCUCAAGCAGUACCCGUUCACGAUGUGUCACAGCGAGGUGCCAGUGAGCGGGUUCCUCGCGCGUUGCGAGAUGGAUGCGUGCGCGUGUGACGCGGGCGGCGACUGCGAAUGCGCCUGCGCAGCUAUCGCUACAUAUGCUCACAUGUGCAACACGCGCGGUGUGCCUGUCAAAUGGCGAUCGCAAGAGUUGUGCCCCAUGCAAUGCGACGAAGAAUGCUCGAAUUACAACGAAUGUAUGUCCCCUUGUCCUCCGGAGACAUGUGAUAACACCCUGGAAUACAAUGAAAUCAAAACCGUUUGUGAGCAGGAAACUUGUAUUGAGGGUUGCAAAGCGAACAAGACAUGUCCAGAUGGCUUAGUAUACUCCAACAGUUCAAUGAAAGAGUGUGUGCCCCGUGCCAAGUGCAAGCCGAUCUGCAUGACUCUUCCUGAUGGUACUGAAAUAUUAGAAGGAGAGGUCAUCGAGCAAGACGCGUGCCACACCUGCCGCUGUUCUAAAAAAGUGCGCGUGUGUAGUGGACAACCAUGUUCUACUGAAGCGUCCACGCCCAUCCCUACUGAGCCAGCGGAAACCACUCCUCACGAUGAAGCCUUCAGAUGCAGUACCGGUUGGAGUGAAUGGAUUAACCGCGGUCCAUCAGAGAUUGAACCAAAUGGAGAGUCAAAGGAUGUGGAACCACUGCCUAAGCCUAAAGAAUUCCCAAGUGGAACACCCAUGUGUAAGAAAGAGAACAUGACGGAGAUAGAGUGCCGCACUGUGGGAGACCACGUGAAAGCUAAGGAAACUGGAUUCAACGUCGAAUGUAGCUUGGAGAAAGGUCUCAUUUGCAAUGAACGGGAGAAGAACUGCCCCGACUUCGAGAUACGGGUCAAGUGCCAGUGUGAAGAACUGUUCCAAUGCCUGGAUUCCAAUCACCCGAACCACCCUCAUCCGACCGACUGCACCAAGUUCUACGAAUGCACUCCGAACCCUGGUCAACCGCAACCGCAUGCUGUUCUUAAGGACUGCCCAUCAGGCCUUAUGUACCACACCAGUCUCAUGAUUUGUGACUGGCCAGCGUCUGUACUCGUUGAACGACCAGAAUGUGGGCAGACUACUUCUUCUACUUUUUCAACUUCUACAAGUACUGAAGCCAGCACCCAGGCGUCCUCGACUGAAGCGAGCACAGAUCUAUGUCCGCCCGGCCAAGUUUAUAAGGAGUGUGCGUAUCCCUGCGAUAAGUUGUGCGAUCACUACAAACGAACGUUGCAAGACAAAGGACAGUGUCUGAUUGGAGAGAAGUGCGUAAGCGGUUGCGUCGAUCAUGCAGUGGCGAACGUGAAGUGCGAUUUCGGUUCCUUGUGGAGAGAUGAAAAGACCUGCGUACCCUUGAAGGACUGUACUUGUCAAUAUGAAGGAAAGAUUAUCAAGCCCGGUGGCGUGAUAUCCGUAGACGACUGCACCAAAUGCCAAUGUCUGGACAACGAGCUCCACUGUGACUCCAGCGACUGCGUGUCCAUCAUCGUUCCCAUCAAGGGCUCCACCCACUCUCCCAUGAUCUUCCCGGAGUCCCACAAAAUUAGCUCCACAACCCCCGCCACCACCACCACGACCACAGAGUCAACUACAGCUGGGACCUCGGAAGAAACUCUUCCAACCACUGAGGCUACUACACUGAUUAUUAAGACAACAGUGUCUCCACCACCCAAGUGUAAUCCGGAUCACUUCAAAAACCUUCUGUGGGACGGCACGCCGUUACCCCAAGACGCCUUCACUGCUAGUUCGGUAACUAGUGCCAUGUUUGAGCCGUACUUCGCACAACUGAAUGGACGAGUUAGUGCCCAAUCUGCUGGUAGCUGGAACCCAUCGCCUGAAGAUAAGGAUCAUUAUAUACAAGUAGAACUCCCGGAGAAGACGCCUGUAUAUGGUGUAGUGAUGCAGGGCAACCCACUCUUUGAUCAGUACGUGACUAGUUACGAAGUCAUGUAUGGUGACGAUGGUACUGUUUUCUCCUACGUGGACACCACUAGUGGACAACCUCAGGUGUUCCGCGGCCCAGUAGACCACACGACUCCACUCAAGCAAAUGUUCGAAAAACCCAUCGAAGCAAAAUUCGUUCGCAUCCACCCCCUGACGUGGCACGAGGAAGUAGCCAUACGUCUUGAGCUCAUUGGCUGCGAGGAAUUCACUACUACUGUUUCGACUCCUUCUACUCCGACUACUCCCACUACUCCUACUACUACAGUUACUGAUACUACUCCGUCGACUUCUACUCAAACUACUCCAACAGUUAGAGCACUUGAAUGUGUUGACCCCCUGGGCCUGGCUGCUGAAUUACCCCUGGACAUGAUCGAAGUUAGUUCCAACAACGACGACCGCUCGUUCCUUAAACUUGACAGCGACAAGGGUUGGAAGCCAACGUACAGCACCCCUGGAGAAUGGAUAAUGUUCAACUUCACCGCACCCCGUAACAUAACAGCUAUAAAAACAAAAGGUGGUCCAAGCGGUUGGGUCUCCGCCUACAACAUAAUGUACACCAGCGAUCUAACCACGUUCAAUCCAGUGGUAGACAACACUGGUAGUUACAAGAUGUUCCCGGGCAAUUUCGAUGAGGGUUCUGUAGUCCAGAAUGAGUUUCAACCACCUCUGCACGCUCAGUACUUGAAGAUUCUGCCUCUGAAGUGGAAGAAUGGCAUUGAAAUGAGAGUGGAACCGAUCGGAUGCUUCGAACCGUACCCUGUACCUGAAGAAGAACGUGAAGAACGAGUGCCAACGCCCAAACAACCAUGCGAGGUAUGCCCUGACGUACCUGCGCAGUCGUCGUCCUGCGCUUGCACACGUCCCUACUACUUCGACGGAGAGAACUGCGUGCCGAGGGAUGAGUGCCCUUGCGUUGUCGGAUUCAUGUUAUAUCCCGUUGGAUCAUCCUUCCGCGGAGACAAAUGUGAUGAUUGCAUGUGCAAGAUGGGUGGAGUCACUGAUUGUCGCCCCGCCACUGAAUGCGUUUGCGGGCCGGAGUUGGUACCUCAACUGUCAUCGGCCUGCGAAUGUGUCUGCGAGCCCUGCGCUAACGGCACAAGAAUAUGUCCGACUAGCAAACUGUGUCUGCCGCUAGAAAAGUGGUGCGACGGCCUACAAGACUGUCCGGACGAUGAGCGCGACUGUACCACUGUCGCAACUGUCACAGAGACUGUUAUCACGACUGUGGUCCACACGGACGCUAACACACCGCCCACCAGUACUGUACCUACAACUGUCCCCACUACUACUGAGAAACCCAAGGAAUGUCCAAAGGUGGAAUGCUCUCCAGGCUAUUCAGUUGUCAUGACGUCCAAUAGUCAAUCCAGUUAUUCCCGUAGUACUUCUGAUUUACCACCGCCACGACCACGCUACUCCUACAGACCAUACUACCGUGGAUCUAAAGGUGGCUUCUCCAAGGGAGGCUUCAGAAAGACUGGCUAUUCGAAGGGUGGUUUCGCUAAAGGUGGAAGUUAUGGUCCUCCCGCUCCACCGCGUCAGAACCCGACAUUCUCACUGGACAAGCCAUCAGCCUCCAUUGAGAGUAAAAAGAAAGAAGAGUGCCCACAAUUCAAGUGCGUUCCCGUGCUACCUCCAUUCAGACCUGGAUCCACACCGAAGCCAGCUAUUUGCUCCACGCCUAUUUGUCCACCGCAGUAUAGCCUGAAGUUAGAGAGCGUACCUGCUUUGCCGAACCAAUGUCCACAAUACGGCUGCGUACCCCCGCCCGAAAGACCUGUGUUCUGUAACGUGACCGGUCGAACCUUCAACACCUUUGAUGGAAUGGAAUAUAAAUUCGACGUUUGUUUCCACAUUCUGGCUAGAGAGAACCGCUUUGAUGCUUGGACUGUACUCGUUCGCAAGAAAUGCUCCGUGGACGCGGGCUGCGCGAACGAGCUGAUGGUGCUCCAAGAUGACCAGCUAAUCCUGGUGAAGCCAUCUCUAAUGAUAGAGUACGACAAUUACGAAUACACAGUGGAACAAACAAACAAGAUCUGCUUCCAGAAGAACAGUUUCGACGUGCACCGCCUCGGAAAUGGAAUCGCGAUCGCAUCUAGAAAAUAUAACUUCACUGUCCUCUAUUCUCCUGAUGGAGAUGUUAAAAUCGGGGUAAACAAAAAAUACAUGGGUCACAUAGAUGGUCUCUGCGGUGCGUACGAUGGGGACGUAUCGAACGACCGCCGGCUACCAAAUGGACGUCUCGCGAAAUCCAUAACUCAAUUCGGAGAUGCAUGGGCGAAGCCGGGUCUACCGAAAAACGCAUGCAAACCUAAAGUUAUUCCGGCACAAAAACAAAAACGUGUUUGGGAUCUGUGUAAUGUCAUUACUAAGGAACCACUGUCAGAAUGCGCGAAAGUGCUCAACUUGGAUAAAUGGCGAAGCAUCUGCCUAGAGAAGAUCUGCGAAUGCGCCGAGAUGCCGACAAGAACAUCAAUAUUGAUACUUGGAGAAUACAGAAUGAUUGUCCUGCUGAUUGCCCCCCCUCCAUUCAUCCACUACGACUGUUACCGCAAACGUUGUGAGCCCACCUGUGGGGCAAUCUCCUCUGGGCUAUCUGAUUGCGCUGUUGAAGAUGGCCAGUGCUUCCCUGGGUGUUAUUGCCCCCCUGGAAAACUACGCAAUGGUGAUCAGUGUCUUGCACCACAUGACUGUCUUGAUUGUGUAUGUACCGGCGUUGGCACUCCAGCAAAGUACGUAACGUUCGAAGGAGACGACGUACCUUUCCUUGGAAAUUGCACCUACUUAGCAUCUAGGGACAGAAACGAAACAGGAAAACAUAAAUAUGAGGUAUACGCCACAAAUGGUCCUUGUGAAGAAUUUGACGGUGUUGUGUGUACGAAAACUGUUCAUCUAAUCUACGAAAAGAAUAUAAUACACAUCAGUAAGGAUCCCGAAACUAAAAAGCUAGUAACAACGGUGAAUGGCAAGCAAGUAUUCCGUUAUCCAAUGGACAAUGAGUGGGCGGUUAUCUCCGUUUUAUACGGCCAAGACAUAAGUGUUAUGCUUUCUGACUUGCACGUAGAGUUACAAGUGAAACAAAACAAAAUGGAGUUCACAGUACAAGUACCAUCACACCUUUACGCAAAUCACACUGAAGGUCUAUGCGGCGUAUGCGCAGGAUAUCAAGAUCACCUCGUCACCAGUAAUGGAACAGUUACUGACAACUUUGAUAUUUAUGGCAAGAGCUGGAAAGCGACUCCCGAAGUUCUCAAUAUACUGGAGGUGCCCUUACAAGACCAGUGUGGAGAAGUACCCCCUACGCCCGAGUGUACCCCACCACCGCCAGAAAGCAACCCCUGCUACAAUAUUCACAAUAUUGACAAAUUUGGUGCGUGCCACGCGCUAGUUGAUCCCGAACCCUUCAUUCAGAACUGUGAAGCAGAGAUAUGCGACUUCAAUAGGACUGACGCGUGUCCUACGCUAGAGAGAUAUGCCGCCGAGUGUCGUAAACAGGGCAUAUGCCUAGAUUGGAGAACGGAUCUGUGUCCAUUCACUUGUGAAAGUCCACUAGUGUACCGGCCUUGUGUUGACUGUGAACGCACUUGUGAAAACCAUGAUGACCUGGAAAAGAAUCCGAAGAACUGCGACAGCAAACCCGUCGAAGGUUGCUUCUGUCCACAAGGAAAAGUACUAGUGAACAGUACUUGCAUAGAGCCGUCCAAAUGUUUCCCUUGCGACUCUAACAGUGAACAUUACGCGGGAGAUGAGUGGCAGGAGGACGCCUGUACAAAAUGCACGUGCAGCAAAGUGGCGGACAAAAAUAUCGCGCACGUUGCGUGCACGACUCAGACGUGUACCGUACCCGUUUGUUCUGGUGAUGAGGAUCGUGUCAAGAUGGCUACCAAGAUCGGCGCCUGCUGCCCAGAGUACAUUUGCGUACCCAAACCCAAGGAACCAGAGAUACAAUGCGAGGAACCAAAGAAAAUGGACUGUGGUUUCGGACAAGUUCUGAAGCAGAAAACUAACGCUAACGGUUGUCAAGAGUUCACUUGUGAAUGCAAGCCAGCCAACGAAUGCGAAGAAGUGCCAAAUGAGAACGAAGUGGAAAUGCUAGAACCGGGAAUCGAACGUGUGGUGGAUCGUACUGGCUGCUGUCCUAAAGCACAACUCAUUUGUCGUCCAAACGCUUGCCCGAAAGCUCCUAAGUGUCCAGAAUUCCAUACUAUGGAGACGCACAACGCGACUGGACAGUGUUGUCCAGAGUACAAAUGUGAACUGCCCAAGGACAAAUGUCUGGUGACGCUGGAAUGGGAGGCAGCAUCACGAGGUGGUGAAAAACCUCGUACAACUCCUCAAGUCGUUCCUAAAGAGAUCGACGCAGCCUGGUUAGACGGGCCGUGCCGUUCGUGCAGAUGCGUACAGUCCGGGCCUGCAGCGAACGCGCAAUGCAGCGUCACCGAGUGUCCGCCGAUCGUGUCUAGCGAGCAGUUCGUUGUGGAGGCUCGCCCUGUACCGUUCGCGUGCUGCCCACGGGCGGUACAGACGGCAUGCCGGCAGGGUGACGUCAUAUACAAGGUGGAUGAGAGUUGGAAAUCAGCUCAUAACGUAUGCGAAUCUUACCAAUGCAAGGAGGUGUCAGAGGGGAAACUCGAGAUCGUCACCACAGUCCAGACAUGUGAUGCUACUUGUCAAGCCGGAUGGGAUUAUGUGCCCGCGACCGCAGACAGCGGUCAGUGCUGCGGACGCUGCAAACCAGCGGCUUGCGUCUUCAAGGGUGAAGUGCAUAAUGUUUCCGAGACCUGGACCUCUGGUGAUUUCUGCUACAACUACACAUGCGCUCUCAUUGAAGAUUCUCUACAAGUGUUGUCUUCAAACGAGCCGUGUCCAGAGAUACCAAAGACGAUGUUGGAGCAAUUCGUGUUGAGUGAUGAAAAGAUUCCAGGCAAGUGUUGCCCCAAGCGAGAACCCGUCGCCUGUCGAGUUGGCAACGAUAUCUACCAGGAAGGUCAAACGUGGCCAACAUCAGACCCUUGCAAGAACGUUACAUGCAGCAGAGAUACCUCCGGCCGAUUGACUAAGACGGAGGCCGUGCAAAGCUGUGACACCCAAUGCAAGCUCGGUUGGGCGUAUCAAGCGCCACCUGGCGGACAGUGUUGUGGACAAUGUGCGCAAGAGCAGUGUGUUGUUGGUGGAGAAUUGAAAGAACCUGGUGCUACCUGGAAAUCAAUGGACAACUGUACAACGUACACUUGCGAUAAAUUGGGUGAAGAGGUAUUUGUGUCGUCGUCUCGAGUUCAGUGCCCAGACGUGUCCACCUGCCCACCAGAGGACCUCUUUACAGAAGGCUGCUGCCAGAUCUGCCAUGAAAAACCGAAAUCUCAAAGCAAAUGCGUGCCUACCGACGUGGACGCACAAGAUUCCAUCGGUCUGAUACGAGUGAAGUUUAACCAACGCGGUUUGUGCGUCAACAAGGAGCCGCUGCGUGGCUUCCGCGAAUGCCGCGGUUCCUGUGAUUCCGGCACAUUGUAUAACAAUCAGACCGGAUCUUACGAUUCGCAAUGCGAGUGCUGUACUGCCAGCAGAUACGCACCUUUAGUCGUGACUCUGUCGUGCGAAGACGGCUCGACAGUCGCGCACCGCGUUGCCUCUACUGAGAAUUGUGUCUGUCGACGUUGCGGGGAAUCCCUCAGUGAUUUUCCUUUACACUCUAGUCCUAGGCCAUACGGACAUAAGUCAUUGCCGGACUUGUACAAACGCUUCGGUGAACCAACUCAAUAUUAA